AUGCCUCCUGUCCCAGAAAACAUUGAAGUUGUCUCUAAAGCCCAGGCUGUGGGAGUCACACACAGAGGAGAGCCAGGUGUGGAGGCCGAGCAGCCGCCCAAACGCCCCACGGCCACAGGUGGGAGUGGGGCCGGAGAUACAAACACUACGGUGGGCUUGUUUCACAGCCUCACAAAGACACACAAAGUCCAGUUUGAGGAAGUGGGAGCGCUGUUUGGAAUCCGGUUUGUGCCCAUGUGGAUAAGGAUGGUGUCGGCCUCCGGACGGGAUCGUAUUCUGCCAGGAAACUUGUCUAAAAUGUCCCAGAGCGUCGGGCCGGGAAAAGACAGAGCGUACGCCUCCUUUAUUGUGAAAUUCCUCACCAUGGUAACUGAACACAUCAGCUGCAUGCAGUUCAUUUGUGUUUCUGUCCUGUCCUCAGUUUCCCAGCAUGCUCUGGCUGUGGUGGUGGAGGUGAAUGAGGGGGCAGAGUCUGUCCUGCUGCCCUGUGAGUUCUCAGGUUUAAUACCUGAGAAUGACUCCACUGUGAUGUGGACUCACGAUGACCUUUAUAACAAAUCUGUCCACCUACGACGAAAAGAAGGAGAUGAUCUUAGAGAGCAAAACCAGGGUUACAGCGGGCGCACAUCGAUGAGGCCUGAUGCUCUGAACACUGGAAACUUCAGCCUCACUCUGAGAAAACCACAACUGACAGACAGCGGCAACUACUCCUGCUCCAUCAGUGAUGGAAGAGAAGAAAGGAGACUGAUAGAUGUACAGCUGCAGGUCAAAGAACCAUUUCCAUCCUGGGCCAUAGCUCUCCUGGUUCUCCUGCUUCUCCUGGUUCUUCUUGUGGUUUCUGGAGGUCUUCUAUUUUAUUUCCGGCACUAUUUCAUGUCAGAUUAUAAGGUGGAGCUGGAUUCAGGGGUGGAGUCUGUCCAGCUGCCCUGCAAAACCACAGUUAACCUGCCUAAAGACGCUAAAGUGGAGUGGAAGGACAAAAAAAACAGGAAGGUCCACAUUUAUAAGAACUGCUCUGACCAGACUGGAGAACAGCAUCACUUUUACAGAGAGCGCACAAAGAUGAAGAGAAACUUACUGGAACCUGGAGACCUCAGUCUGAACCUGAAACCCCCCACAGACACAGACACCUACACCUGCACCGUCUACAGCAGCAGGGGGACGAUCCUGAUGAAAAAAGAAGUGCUGCUCAUUGUCAGAGUCCCCCAGGUGGAGGUGGAAUCAGGUGUGGAGUCUGUCCAGCUGCCCUUCAAAACCACACUUCACCUGCCCAAAGAUGCUAAAGUGGAGUGGAAGGACAAAGGUAGCAGGAUGAUCUAUGUUCAUCAGAACGGCUCUGACCAGCCUGAAGAACAGCACCAGGCUUACAAAAACCGAACCAAGAUGAAUGAAGACCUGAUGAAAACUGGAGACCUCAGUCUGACCCUGAAAUACCCCACAGACUGGGACAACAGAACCUACACCUGCACCCCAUUCACCAAAUUUCUGCGGAUACUCAUGGCCAAUGAUCAGUGGUCAUGA